CAGCCCCGGGACGUCACCAACUUCACGGUGUGCGGCUUCACCCCCAUGUCCCCCCGCAUCAGCAGCCCCAUGCACCCCAGCGGGGCCGGCCAGCGGGGGGGUUUUGGGGCCGGCGGGAUGAGCCGCGGGCGGGGCCGGCGCGACAACGACCUCAUCGGGCAGACGGUGCGGAUCUCGCAGGGGCCCUACAAAGGGUACAUCGGGGUGGUGAAGGACGCCACGGAGUCCACGGCGCGCGUGGAGCUGCACUCGACCUGCCAGACCAUCUCCGUGGACAGGCAGCGCCUCACCACCGU